AUGGUAGUUCAACCACAGCCAAUUGAGAUAGCGGGUAAUGAGGAACGCGCGGUGAUUGAAGCUGCAAGGCCCAGUCUGGCUAAUAUGACUCAGGCUAUCCUGAUCCAGUCCACAGGGCAAUUUGUGGGCCUACCUCAUGAAGACCCGCAGAGGCAUAUUCAGAAUUUUCUAAAAAUUACGAAUACUUACAACUAUCCGAAUGUUUCCAAGGACUAUGUCAGGCUGACACUUUUCCCCUUUUCUGUGCUCGGGGAAGCUAAGGAGUGGUUGAAUAAGGAGCCAGCUAAUUCAAUCCGCACUUGGGAUGAUUUGGCAAGGAAAUUCUUAAUCAAGUUUUUCCCCCACCAAGAAAACAAAGAUGUUGAGGAGUCAAAUUCUUGGACGGAUGAGGUAUUGGGUCACGCUUUUGUAUCUGGGCUAGAUGAUGCUUCAAAGAUAAAUCUAGAUUCAGCUUGUGGGGGUAGCUGCAUGGCCAAACUGUACAGUGAAAUCCAACUCUUGCUGAAUACUUUCACUGCUAAUGAUAAUAACUGGCAAGGUGAUGGUGACUCACGAAAGGCAGUUAAGCAAAAAUCAGAUGGGUUACUUGAGCUCGACGAGGUGUCAGCAAUGAGAGCCGGAAUUGCAAAGCUGGCCAAUCAGAUGACUAGGAUAACAAUGCAACAGCCACAACCAAUGCAACAGAAUCAGAAUCAGUAUAGACCCCAGGGGGGUUUCCAUCAGCCUCAGAGACCACCCCAACAAAUGGAAGAGAGCACAAAUGAUUUACUAAAGAAGUUGUUGACUGACAAUCAGCAGCUCAGGACCGACUUCAAAAAUCUUGAGAGGCAGAUGGGGCAGUUAGCAACAAAUCAAAAUACUAAACCUGUAGGCGCUCUCCCCAGUGACACAGAAAAGAAUCCGCAAGUGAAUGCAGUUACACUUAGAAACGGGAGGGAGCUUGAGGAAGUGCCAAAGAAAAAGAAACAUAAGUCCGUACCUGAGGGGGAGUUGAUCCCUAAAGUGACAAACGAGCCAGAGAAGACUGCUGAAAUUCCAGAGCCAGUGGAGGCCCCAAGGCCACCACCACCUUUUCCCCAAAGAUUGCAGAAAAAGAAUGAUGAUCGCAUGUUCAGCAAAUUUCUCUCCAUGUUGAGCCAAGUGCAAUUGAAUAUUCCACUUGUUGAUGUGCUUCGUGAAAUUCCAAAGGUCCAAAAUAAGCUCCCUCAAAAGCUAAAAGAUCCUGGCAGCUUUACGAUUCCUGCAAUUGGGUCUGGGAACUCCAAGGCCAACUACUGUGAUGUUGCAGCUGGCUGA